UCUAUCAAAGUUAAAAGACGAUAUGAGCUAAUGAGGCUUCCAAUAAGGAAGUGAAAUGGGAGUUUAGCAAAAGUGAAUAACUAGAUCUACUUCCGUAAACAUAUUUCUAUUAAACCUUUACUUUCACGAUAUAUUGGAUUCCUGUUACUUGCAUACAAGUGAUGAGACUUUAAAGUGGAGAAAAAUGUCACUUCUAUCAGAAAGUGAAACUGCUACAGAGUACCUGGAGAUCUUACAACAGAAAUUAUGGACAAAGGGGGAUCACUCUUUGGAUAAUGAAAUAAAUUCAUUUAUUGCGAUGCUUGAAAGUCCUUUGUUCAAGCACCUGCUUACACUACAGGGAUCUCUCCAAGAACUGAAACAUAUAUCUCAGACAUACCCAGUGACUGAAGAUGUCUUUGAUUUCUCGCCAUCUGGUGAACUUGUUAUGAAUGAAUCUUCUGAUGCAUUCACACCAGAUGCAGUAGCAGAUAGUGGAACAUUGAAAGUUCGAGGAAAGACGUCUGUCAACACAGAUCAAUUGAUUGGCUAUAGUCCUGAAGUAGAACAAAGCAUCCACACAGCAGCUGCUGGAAGGCCAAUUCAUGUCAUACAACUUUACAAGCCUGAGAAUCAAUCUUUAGGAUUCUCUGUUGUUGGAAUUAAAGAAGAGUCUAGAAAUGGUCAGCUUGGAAUCUAUGUCAAAGAUAUUCAACCCAAUGGCUUAGCAGCUCGAGAUGGGAGGCUUCAGGAAAAUGAUCAGUUACUUUCAAUCAAUGGUCAGCCACUAGAGGUCUCCCACCAGGAGGCCAUUCGUAUCCUGCAGAGUACUCAGGGCACUGCCGAAAUCGUUGUGGCACGAGGCGUACCGUCCGCCUCCAGGACUGACCUCUCCAUCCAGACUUCUCGGCCUCUUACGGCCGCUGCCCCAGCGAAGACAACGGGGAGGCCUAGUGAGGAGGAGGAAGAGGAGGGAUCAGAGAAAGAGGCUGAGGAUAAAGUGGCUAUUGAUGAGAGUGAAGGCAAAGUUGCUCAGGAGAAGACAGACAUGGUGUUAAGUACAGACUGGACACAACUUGAAGUUAUUGAUCUCGUUAAUGAUGGCACUGGACUUGGCUUUGGAAUCAUUGGUGGACGUAGUACAGGUGUGGUGGUGAAGACAAUACUGCCAGGAGGAAUAGCUGACCAGGAUGGACAUUUACGUAGUGGGGACCACAUUCUUCAGAUAGGAGAUGUUAAUGUCCGUGGGAUGAGCUCAGAACAAGUUGCCUUGGUACUUCGCCAGUCUGGCAGCCAUGUUAGAUUAGUUGUUGCCCGAUCUGUUUUAGAGCCACCACCAUUUCAGAUUCCACAUGCACCCAUUAUUCCAACUCACCAACUUGAAGAGCACAUGGAACACUUCAACAAUUUUAUGGCCAUUGAAGCUGGGGAACAAGAGCACUUCCACAACUUGCAGCUCCAGCACCAGGUCCAUCUUCAGCAAGUACAUCUCAACCAACAUCUGGGCUCUGUUCAGGUUCAUGCUCAACCUCUAGAGAACAUUGACUUACAUGACCUGGAAGAUGUUGAUGUCUUUGAAGUGGACUUGGUCAAAGAUAGCAAUGGUCUUGGUAUCACUAUAGCUGGCUAUGUGGGGGGAGAUAAUACACCUGAUGAAAUUUCUGGAAUCUUUGUUAAAAGUAUAACAGAGCAUAGUGCAGCAGCAGAGGAUGGCAGAGUUCAUGUUCAUGACCAGAUCAUUGAAGUUGAUGGCAAGUCACUUCAAGGAUUCUCUAACCAUCAAGCAGUUGAAGUGUUGAGAAACACUGGACAGAUGGUCAAGUUAAAACUAGUACGCUUCCGUCAUGGCCCAAAGUAUGACAAGCUACAAGAAUAUUUAGCACAAGCUAACCAAUCAGUGAUAACACAGCAGACAACUGUAAAAGAUAGCAGAGAAAUCAAUGCUGUAUCUAACCCAACCUAUGACCUUGAUUCCAAACAAAUUGAUCUUGAUGAUAUCCAGCUUGUCACAGAUGACUAUAGUGGUGAACUAUCACACGAUGUUGAAGCAGUCAUAAAAGCAGCCUGGGAGCCAAUCGUUGGCAAUGAUUUUUUGGUUGUGGUGGCUCAGUUAUCCAAGUUUAAGGAAGGUGGAGGUCUUGGUAUAAGUCUGGAAGGAACUGUUGAUGUUGAAGAUGGUGUUGAAGUGCGGCCACAUCACUACAUUAGAUCUAUACUGCCUGAUGGGCCAGUAGGCUUGAAUGGACGUUUAAAAAGUAGUGAUGAACUAUUAGAGGUGAAUGGUCGACGUCUGCUGGGUUUGAACCAUGUGAAUGUUGUGGAAAUUUUAAAAGAUUUACCUCAACAUGUGCGACUGGUUUGUGCCCGUAGAAAAUAUCCCCUUCCAGAUACAUUCACAGCACCUGAUAUGCAAAUACCGGGAACAUUGCCUUACUCGCAUGGAGUUGAACCAGGACCUCCACUGACUGAGAGACUUGUGAAAGCAAAGUCAGAAAUGGCCUUAUCAACAACUGAAGCUCCCCCUGUGGACAUCAAGACCAAGUCCAGAUCUAUGGAAACCUUAAAUGCCUUUGCCAUGUGGAGCUCCCAGCCAGUGGUCAUAGAGCUGGAGAAAGGAGAGAGAGGACUGGGCUUCAGCAUCUUAGAUUAUCAGGAUCCUGUUAAUCCCAAUGAGACUGUCAUAGUCAUCAGAAGUCUGGUACCUGGAGGUGUGGCCAUGCAAGAUGGGCGGCUAGUGCCUGGUGACAGGCUCAUCUUUGUCAACAGUGUCAAUGUGGAACAUGCCACACUAGACGAGGCAGUGCAGGCACUGAAAGGUGCACCGCGGGGAACAGUAAAGAUUGGAGUGGCCAAACCACUUCCCAUAAGUGAGGCAUUCAAGCAAGAUGCCCAGUUCAUGGUCUCCACUAGCAGCCCCUUAGCUCUACAAAAAGAGAUUGACCUGGCCAUUGUGUCAAGAGAUACAGACUCUGAACAGGAAGGUCAUGCUGACCAGAAGAACCUUGUAGUUGAAAUACCAUCCUUUGAUGUGGCUGACCAUAAGUCUUUUUCAGAAGCUGCUCUUACUUCCUCUGAACAGUCCUCUUCUUCAUCCAGUGACAGUGAACAAGGCAAAGUACUGCAGCGUAAAGAUAGCUUUUAUGAAAGUGAUGAUGAUGUUCGGACACCAAGAAGAGCUGUACCCAACAAGAGCUCUUCUAGCCAUGAUCUUGAACAGCCUCCAGGCUAUGACAAUGUUGUUGCAUCUGAGGCAGUCACUUCAGUGUAUAGCAAGCUUAUAGAAGAGAUCAAAGGGAAAGUAUCCAGCCAAGAAAAUACUGAGGCUGAGGUCUCUCCGAAAGCUGCCCAGGCAAAAGACACACAUGCAAUGCCAUUGCCUUCGUAUGAGGAAGCCCUAAAGGUCGGCAGUGAUAACAUCUGCCUAGUGUCAGCACCUAUUGCCAAACAAGACUCCACAGAGUCAGAAUCAGAUCAGCUGACAUCUAGGUCAUCUGAAGGAGGAACUCCAUCAUCAGAGGGUCCUCCCUCUGCCUCAAAGAGAACACCUCCUCCCAUACCCCCAAAACCUAAAGAUUCCAAGAGUCUUCUCAAAUUAGCUCAGGAGAAGGAAGCAGCAGCACCUCCUCCAUUACCGGUCACAUCUCCUCCCCCUGUGACGCACACCCCUCCAAAAACACCUCCCCUUCGUCCAGCGCCAAGUUCCCCGAAAUGGGGAGAUGCAGAUUCGAAGCGACGCCCAGGAUUGACCAAACAUCGCACAGCCAGUAGCUCGUCUUCCCCCGAGCACCUGACCUCAAGUGACCUUAAGUCUCCGCCCAGCUCCCCCAGAACCUUGUCCCCACUUCAUUCCACACUCGCCUCACCUGAAGUGCACAGAAUAUCUGCAAACCACGAGAGAACCAUUCAUAUACAGAAAGGCAGCCAGCAUUUAGGUUUAACGGUUGAGGCUGUUGAUAAAGGAGUCAAUGGCUGCAUCGUAAAGUCUAUCAACAAACCCAGCGCUGUAGACAGUGAUGGUCGCAUCCACCCAGGGGACUUCAUAGUGUCCAUCAAUAAGGAAAGCCUAAGACGCAUCACCAACGCCCAGGCCCGGGCCAUACUCCGACGGUCAUCUCUCUUAACAUCUGACAUCAGUAUCACUUACAUCUCAGGUCAAAAUAAUCAAAGUGCAAAUCUGGUGUCAGAACCCCAACAAAGUCCACUCCUUCAGAAACUGGCUCAUUCUCUGAGUAAAUCAGAGGAUGAGGAUGUCACAAACCAAACUCUGCCAGCACCAUCCCCACCCCCAACAGAACAGACUUUCACCAUUGGCCAGAAAACCCUCCAGACAGAUGGCACACCUGCACUAGGCAAUCAAGCCUGGAGUCCACCAAGGAUUGUAGAACUGGUCAGAGAACCUGGUAAAAGUUUGGGAAUCAGUAUCGUUGGUGGCCGAGUGGAUAUGUUUAACGUCUCCCAAGAAAACUGUAAUGCUGGAAUAUUUAUUAAACAUGUUCUUCCUGAAAGUCCAGCAGGUCGUAAUGGUACCUUGAAAAAAGGUGACAGAAUUUUAGAAGUGAAUGGUGUUGAUGUUAGGAAUGCUACUCAUGAUGAAGCUGUUGAAGUGAUUCGCAACUCAUCUAGUCCUAUCACAUUUGUUGUUCAAAGUCUUUCAUAUUCCUCUUGCCCUGGUGAUUUAGAAUCUGUACAGCUACAGCCCACGUCCUCUAUUGAAGAGUCUACUGCUGUCCCUUCUGUUGGAUCUAUUGCUUCCACUUCACCUGGAACAACUCCUCAACAGAGUUUUGAUAAAGUUGAUGUCAAGCAGCUAGAAUCUUACAGUGAUAGUGAGGAAGAGGAUGAGUUUGGUUACACAAAAAAACGAAUUCAGAAAAAGUACAGUGAUCUGCCUGGCCUAGUACAGCUUGUGGAUUUAAACCGAGGCUCUGCUGCCAUGGGUAUGGGGCUUGCUGGGAAUAAAGAUCGCAGUAAGAUGAGUGUCUUUGUCGCUGGUAUCCAGCCUGAUAGUCCAGCAGAUCAGGAUGGGAGAAUUCAAGUGGGUGAUGAGCUUCUGGAGGUGAAUGGAAUCAAUUUGCAUGGCCUUAGUCACCUGAAUGUCUCAGCAGUAAUCAAAGGUGUAAAUACACCCAUAGUUAAACUGGUGACUCACAGAAGAGAAGAUUUUCUGGAACAUAUGGCAGUGAAACCAUUGAGAUAUGGUGGCUCUAGUCAGUUUGAUGUCCAGUCUGUGCCCCCAGUGUCCCCAAGUGGCAAGGAGAACUCUGUAAGAUCCCAGUCUCCCCUAACUAUUAGUGGCCCCACAACUCAUGUAGCACAGAGCAGUCCAGCAUCAGAGCCUGUGCAGGUUAUUAUAUUACACAAGCAAUCACAGGGUCUUGGAUUUGGAAUUGAAGAAGACAAUAAAAAUGGCCGCAAUGGAAUUUACGUCAAAACUAUCACAGCUGGUGGUUUGGCUGACAAGGAUCAACAGCUCGAAGUAGGAGAUGAAAUCUUGGAAGUUGGCGACAAAACAUUAUCUGGCUGUCAUUAUGAUAAGGCUAUAGACAUACUACGUGCUGCUCAAGGUUCUGUACGUUUAAAAGUUCGUAAGACCAAUCAGAGCAACAAUCUGGCCACAGGAAGUUAUACACCAGGGAAGAUGCAACUUCUCAAUACUUUAGGUGAAUCUACAACUGAUCCAAGUGAAUCAGAUGAUAACCCAGACCCAAAGACCUGCCCUAUUGUGAUAGGAAAAAAAACUUUCAUUGAGAUAGAGAAAGGCAAGACUGGGCUGGGACUAAGUAUUGUUGGAGGAUCAGAUACACUACUGGGUGCUAUUAUAAUCCAUGAAGUAUAUGAAGAUGGAGCAGCUGCUAGAGAUGGCAGGCUGUGGGCAGGAGAUCAAAUCCUUGAGGUUAACAAUGAAGACCUGACUGAUGCCACUCACAACAGAGCCCUGCAAGUUCUUCGUCAAACUCCCCCUGUUGUACAGAUGACUGUGUACAGAGACGAGAGUCAGAUUAGAGAGGAGGAUAUUUUGGAUGUAUUCACAGUAGAACUACUAAAACGACCUGGAAAAGGUCUUGGCCUCAGCAUUGUGGGGAAAAAAAGUGAUGUUGGCAUAUAUAUUUCUGAUAUUGUGAAAGGUGGUGUGGCUGAAGCUGAUGCUAGAUUAAUGCAAGGGGAUCAAAUUCUGGCUGUUAAUGGGGAAGACAUGAGAAAUGCAACACAAGAAUAUGCAGCUGCUGUCUUAAAGACAUUAAUGGGAAAAGUCAGUCUAACAGUUGGCAGACUAAAGGCAGGAUCUAAGUCUUCUUCCAGAAAAAAUUCCAAUUAUGAAUCAUCACUCAAGAAAUCUGACUCUUCUGUCAGUAAUAAGUCCAAGGGAAAACACUCUAAAAAUCCAAGUGAAGACCUUAACCAUCUCAGAGUUGUUGAGCUAGAACAAGAUCUCUCAGGAUCUUUUGGCAUUAGUGUGGCUGGGGGACUAAAUAGCCCCAUUGGAGAUGCCCCUGUCAUCAUAGCCACACUGAACCCAACUGGACCUGCAGCAAUGUCUGGAAAACUGAGGGCUGGAGAUAAAAUUAUCAACAUUAAUGGCACAUCAACAGAAGGGAUGACUCAUGAACAAGUUAUCAGUGCUUUACGAGCAGACACUAAAGUUGUGCUGCAUGUAGUCCAGGGUGAAGCUGUAUCAAUAACUGGACAAAGGUCAAGGCAUGUGAGUGGUGAAGUUAUGGAUCCAAAAGACAUGAAUGUUGAAGUUGAAGAAAUGGAGGAUGAUGGGCAACCACCACAGUUUAAACAAAUCACUUUAAAUAGAGGUCCAGAUGGUCUUGGCUUCUCUAUUAUAGGAGGUCAUGGAAGCCCCCAUGGAGACUUACCUAUAUAUGUAAAAAACGUUUUUAAUAAGGGAGCUGCAUUUGAGGAAGGAAGACUAAGACGUGGGGACCAAAUUCUGACUGUUAAUGGGCAACCAUUGGAUGGCCUAACCCAUGAAGAAGCUGUGAACAUUCUGAAAAACACUAGGGGCACUGUGACCCUUGGUAUUCUUUCUUGAUAUUAAAUUGAAAGUUGUGUUGAUAAAGAAAUGGGAAACGAACAAUUAAAGUAAAUAGAUGCAACAUACUUUGUUUAGUGUUAUCAGACUUAAGAUUGGAAUGAUGUUUUCAUGAUUAAAUGAACAUUAAUGGAACUUUUUGCCUUUUUUUUUAAACAGAAAUGUAUUUUCAUGAUAUUUUAAAGGAAUGAAACAAAAAUGACUUUUUAAUUAUUUAAACUAAUUCAUUAUAUUUUAUUGAGAUAAAGAGCAAAAGGGCAUUUACAAAAUUUGACUGCAGAAAAAGAGUUGUUUUUUUAUUUGGAUAAAUUUUGCAUGUUCUGUUUUUUUUUUUUAUUGUGUGGAGAUUUUCUUUGAGAAUGUCAAGCGCACACCAUAAUGUUGAGAUGAAGAACUGAAUCACUGAAAGUUGAAUUCACUUCUAAACACUACAUUCCAAAUAGUUACUGUCAUUGCUAGUCAGUUUGAUUUGAAUCAUAAUUUAUUCAGUUGUGCUGGGUUUUAUUUUUUACCUUGUAAUUUUUUUGUCAAUAAAUGCAUUCUUAUGGAUUUGAAUCAAUCAUUUCUAAAGAGAUUUGUGGCUGAGUCAACAGAAAACAAAAAAACUGUGGGUAAGUUAUGUGUAGGACUUUGGUGCAGAAAAUGCAGUCUAUGUAACAUUUGCCCAUACAUUUGAUUAAUAUUGUCUCUAGGAUACUUGCAAUACAAUACACUUUAACUUAACGACUCUAAUGGUUGUCAAUAUUUCUUGCAACAAUUUGUUGUUCCUAGUAUGCAAAUAGUUUUAUU